AUGCCUUCUGUGACAGGUGCAAAACGCGUUAAGGGUAUUUCUAUCUUCAGGCCUUUUGUCUUUGGCAGCGAAGCACAGCCUUUCGACCCUGAUAAGAAACCGGCGAACUCUCCCCCCGACCACACCCAUCAAUGGCGUGUAUUUGUUAAAGGCGUUAACGGUGAAGACAUUUCCUAUUGGCUGAAAAAAGUCCAAUUCAAGCUACAUGAAACAUAUGCGCAAAAUGUCCGCACCAUCGAGCAGCCACCGUUCGAGGUCACAGAGACAGGAUGGGGUGAAUUUGAAAUCCAAAUUAAGCUAUAUUUUGUCCCGGAGUCUAUGGAGAAACCUCAAACUCUGUGGCAUAGCCUAAAGUUGCAUCCGUACGGACCGGAUGCUGAAGCGAAAAAAGAGAGGAGGGAGACCGUGAUUAGCCAGAACUACGAGGAGAUUGUGUUCAAUGAACCCGUGGAACAAUUCCAUGAUCUGCUAACCGGAGGUUCUGCAACCCCACAACCGCAGAAGGGCAAAGGUGGAAAGAAUCCAAAACAGGGGCAACAACGAAAUGGAAGAACCGCCGAGAUUCCUUAUAAUGAGACCCCUGACAACCCAUACAGCAGAAUAACUGAGAAUAAAGAACUGGACCGAUUGGUAGAGGCGGGCAAGACCGUGGAGCAACUGAUAAAGGAAGAAAAGGAACGACUGAUUAAGCGCGAGAAAAGGCUGACUGAGCUGCGACAAACCGAGGGAGUUCCUACCCACACAAAGAAGAGAUGA